CCAGGGCGCCCCGAGCCCGCCGCCAUCCGCCGCCGCGGGGCUGAGCGGGGGGCUCGGGCAGCGAGCCGGGACGGGGCCGCGGAGCCCCGCCGGGCCCUCGGCGGGAUGUGGGGGGCCCUGCUGCGGCUCGGGGGCCGGCGGGGGCUGUCGGGGGGCGUCCCGCCGCCGGCCGCGCCCUGGAGCCAGGUGGUUUCGGAGGCCGAGAAGAUCGUGGGGUACCCGACGUCCUUCAUGAGCCUGCGGUGCCUGCUGAGCGACGAGCUCAGCAACAUCGCCAUGCAGGUCCGCAAGCUGGUGGGCACCAAGCACCCGCUGCUCGACACCGCCCGGGGUUUUGUGUACGAUAGCCGAAACAAUUUACAGAUGCGAGGUUUGGUCGUAUUGCUCAUUUCCAAAGCUGCUGGACCCAGCACAGCAGAACUCUCUUUCCAGCACAACAUGGUCAGUGGGAUUUAUUCCAGUCAAAGAAGUCUGGCAGAGAUUACAGAGCUGAUCCACACUGCCUUUCUGGUGCAUCGUGGCAUAGUAAAUAUCGGUGAGCUCAAGUCCUGCGAUGGUCCACUGAAGGAUAUGCAGUUUGGGAAUAAAAUGGCUGUUUUGAGUGGAGAUUUUCUUCUAGCAAAUGCUUGCACAAGCCUUGCUCAGUUGCAGAAUACCAAGGUUGUGGAACUCAUAUCAAGUGCUAUUGGUGACUUAGUUCAAGGUAUAUACUAUGAAAACUCAAAAUCAUCUGAGGAGAACUGUCUUACAGAUGACAUCGGAAUAUCUACGUGGAAGGAGCAGGUUUUCCUGUCACAUAGUGCCUUGCUGGCAAAGAGCUGCCAGGCUGCAAUGGAACUAGCAAAGCACAGCGCUGAGAUUCAGGACAUGGCAUUUCAGUAUGGAAAGCACAUGUCUAUGAGUCAUAAGCUACAUUCGGACCUUCAGCCAUUUGUUAAAGAAAGUUCUAGUGACAUCAUGGCCUUCAGUUUGAAUUGUGCUCCUGCAGUCCUUCAUCAGGAAUUCCUUGGAAGGGAUGCAUGGAUUAAACAAAUCAGAGAGGCACAAGGAAAAGGAAAUAUAAUGGACUACAAGAAGGUCAAGUGGAUGAGGCUGGGCUUAGUGCAGACAGCAGAGCAGCCUGCAUGGAGUAAAGCUCUUAACGUGCUGUUUUCAAUGCCCACCCAGCUGCAAGAAGCGAUCAAGGCUGGCAAAGGUGUGACUUCUGCCAUCGACCUGUGCCGUUGCCACGGAAACCGAGCGCUGGCGGCCCUCGAGAGCUUCCCUCCCUCGGAGGCCAGAGCGGCCUUGGCCAACAUCGUCUACGCCGUCACCAGAUUCUCCUGACGCCGUCGCCGGAGCCAGCCUACGCGCGGUGCUGGGGACACGCUCCCCGUGCCGCACACCCAGCCCCGGCCUCCACACCGAACAAAAUUUAGGGGGCGGGAGGGGAGAGAAAGAAAAAAAAAAAAAAAAAUAAGGGAUGAAAUUAAAAAAAAAAAAAAAAGUCAACCUGUUUUUUUCGCUCGUCGUGCCAGAAGCACACUUGAGGCUCUGCACCGGUAGAAAUAAUUAAUGAGGCCCGUUUCCGUGACCUCGGCAAAUGGACAGGAAAUAAGUGCCUAUUGAUUGGGCACCGGCGGGGACGGCGCCAGGGCGGAGGCCGGCGGUUUUCCUGCCUGGGGAGGCCGGGGUGGAGGCAGGGAGGGAGGCCGGAGGGCGCGCAGAGGCAGGUGCCGCGCUCCCGGAGCCGGGAAUCGGCGUGCCCCCGUUUAUCACCGCGAAGGGCAGCCCGGGGAGUCAGCGGGGGGAAAACCCUUCAUCUGCCUGCAUGCGGCCGGUCGUGUCUCCCCACGCUGUUUUUAUGUAUUCGUAUGUAAAAUCACCCCGUGCCCAAUGCUUUCCCUCUUUGAGAAACUCGCUGAGAAAAUGUGUCAAGCAUGGUAAGUAGGAGCUUUAAAAUAUUUAAUCAAAUAUUAAUUUGGCUCUGUUAAGGGAAGUGACUGCCUGGUUUUUAUACUGUGCAUACAAAAUGUGCUGCUCUGGGUCAAAGAACUGAGGUCUUUCCACUCUUCUUGGGGAAGGAAUAUCCUUCCCUGGGAUCAAGAAGUUUGUUUCAGCUCGAUCUUACACAAAGCGGUUUCCUAGAUUUGCCACACUUUCGUUGAUUUAAGCCAAAUAAAUGCUAAUUUCUAGGGCUAAAUGUCAUCUUUUGGCAGAAAGGGACGAGGAAUGUUCAGUCUUUCAUCACUCUGAAUAAAAUGGAGAAAACACUGGAGAAGUUUUGAACCUCAGUGUGUUGAAUUCUAAAGUCCAACUGCAGAAAGCUUGUAAGGUGUAUCAGGAGCCUGCAAUGCGAGACUGUCUCUAUUUUGUUCAUAGGAGAUGAUUUUUGUGGUUUGCAUGCAUGCAAUCCGAGAACGUCGUUGACAAGAAGGCUGAGUUUACAUAAAUGAUCUAGAUUGAGACUCAGCUACCUUUCUUCCUUCUGUGGUGUAAUUACAGCCCAAUCUGGAGACAGCUAGCACAGCAAACAGAUUUCAUUACAUCGUUCACUCAAACACUAAGUGGAGUUAUUUCUGUUAAAUUCUCUCCUCCCUCCUUUUCCCCCUGCACUCCUCCCCCCUCUGUCACACAGCUUAUUUAUCGUAGACCAGCGUGUUGCAUUCCACCGAAUGCAAAAUAUAAAUACAAACUGUAGCCUCUAAAAAUGUACUGAAAAUCUAUCCUGCAUGAUGUACAUAAUAUUCUGUGUAAAAUAUGCCUAUAUUAUACUGUAAUAUUACAUGUAUAAUAAGGACACUCGAGACAGUCAUUGUAUGGCAGCCGUGUCCAAAACUCAGGACUUGCUUUAUUUUGGAGAAUGUCUUCAGCACCAGACCCCUUCUUGCUUGCAUUUUCUUUUUCUUGCCUGCCCUGGUUUUUUCUCUCUUCUCACCUCUGCCUGGGUUAGUGCUGCUGCCAGAGCAGGAAGGCUGGAGACAGCAGAGAAGCACCCAGGCAGUGGUAGUUGCAGGCGUCUGCCUGAGCAGAACCUGAGGGAACUUCACAGGUGAAAAUGUAAAUGGCUUACAUCGUCAGCGGGCUUGCAAGUAAAUAUUCAAAUUCAACCCCAGUCAUGUUUCAGGCAGCUUUUUUGGACCUGAUUUUUACUCAUUAAGGAUAGAAGGAGCCAUACGUUAUCUUUAUCUCAUAUCUACACUAAAUGCUUCAUAAUGAUUUACGGCUGCAAGGGGCUUGGGUCUGACUGGAGAUAUUCUGAGCCAUCUCUCUCCUCAGUUAUGUGAAAGAAAUAUCAAACAUAUGCAAAAAUCUCUGUACACCUGGUUUAUUUUUUCAUGAAAGUACACUUUUUCUAUUUGUACUUUUUACUAAUAAAGACAAAUCAGCAAAA